GGGGCCCCCUGCGGCCGGCUGCCUCCCUCGCCGCUAGGACCUGCCACUCUGCGCGGAAUGGCAGCCGCAGCAGCAUCCCCGCCAGCGGCAGCGGAGGCUGCAGCCACGGCCACCGCGGACGCUAUUGUUCCCCGGUGUUAAACGCGCUUUCGCUCCUUUUCAUCUGAAACGAACAAUAGCAGGGAAGAGCUUUGCUUUCUGCAGUCCUUGGGAAGACAGAGUGAGGGCGCAGAAAAAUUCCCUGCCGACCGCGUUCCGGAUCCGGACCCUGGAGCGGCUGCGGGCGGCAUGGGGCUGCAAGCGAGGCGCUCCGCGUUCCGGAGCCCAGGCGCCGCGGGCCCGCGCCCCGGUGUCCUGCCGCUGCUGCCGCCGCCGCCGCUGCUGCUGCUGCUGCUGCUGUGCCCGGGCGCCUGCGGGGCUGCGGCUCCCGGCCAGGCUGAGGCGUCCACUCCGUAUCUGUGGAAGACUGGUCCGUGGGGCCGAUGCAUGGGAGAUGAAUGUGGCCCAGGAGGCAUUCAAACCCGGGCUGUGUGGUGUGCUCAUGUGGAAGGCUGGACAACGUUACACACAAACUGUAAACAGGCCGAGAGACCCAGUAAUCAGCAAAACUGUUUCAAAGUGUGUGACUGGCACAAGGAGUUGUAUGACUGGAGGCUGGGACCCUGGAAUCACUGUCAGCCUGUGAUUUCCAAAAGCCUGGAGAAACCCCUUGAGUGCGUUAAGGGGGAGGAAGGCAUUCAGGUGAGAGAGAUAACAUGCAUCCAGAAAGAGAAAGACAUUCCGGCAGAGGAUAUCAUUUGUGAGUACUUUGAGCCCAAACCUCUCCUGGAACAGGCCUGUCUCAUCCCCUGCCAGCAAGACUGCAUCGUGUCUGAGUUUUCUGCCUGGUCAGAAUGCUCCAAGACGUGUGGCAGUGGGCUCCAGCACCGGACACGGCAUGUGGUAGCGCCACCCCAGUUUGGAGGCUCCGGCUGCCCGAACUUGACAGAGUUUCAGGUGUGCCAGUCCAGCCCGUGUGAGGAUGAAGAGACCAUGUACAGCUUGCACGUGGGGCCCUGGAGCUCGUGCUCAAUGCCUCACUCCAGACAAGUAAGACAGGCAAGGAGACGUGGGAAGAAUAAAGAACGGGAAAAGGACCGAGGAAAAGGAGUGAAGGAUCCAGAAGCCCGUGAACUUAUUAAGAAGAAAAGAAACAGGAACAGACAGAACCGACAAGAGAACAAAUAUUGGGACAUCCAGAUUGGAUAUCAGACCAGAGAGGUUACGUGUACUAACAAGACGGGGAAGGCUGCCGAUUUGAGCUUCUGCCAACAAGAGAAGCUGCCAAUGACCUUCCAGUCCUGUGUGAUCACCAAAGAGUGCCAGGUGUCAGAGUGGUCAGAAUGGAGUCCCUGCUCAAACACGUGCCGUGAUGUGGCAUCCCCAAAAGGCACUCGUGUCAGGACACGGAUCAUUAGGCAGUUUCCUAUUGGCAGUGAGAAGGAGUGUCCAGAACUUGAAGAAAGAGAACCCUGUGCAUCUCAAGGAGACACAGUUGUCCCCUGUGCCACGUAUGGCUGGAGGACUACAGAGUGGACUGAGUGCCGGGUGGACCCUUUGCUCAGUCAGCAGGACAAGAGGCGGGGCAACCAGACUGCCCUCUGCGGAGGAGGGGUGCAGAUGCGAGAGGUAUACUGCGUGCAGACCAAUGAAAACCUCCUCUCGCACUUAAACACCCACAAGGACAGAGAAGAAAGUAAAUAUCAGAGUACGUCGAAGUCUAGUGCUGCACCUUUCCUAUCCAUCACUUUUGAAAUAACAGCCUCAAAACCAGUGGACUUGAAAUCAUGCACUGGCCCUGUUCCUAAUACUACACAGCUGUGUCACAUUCCCUGUCCUAUUGAAUGUGAGGUGUCACCUUGGUCAGCUUGGGGACCUUGUACUUACGAAAACUGUAAUGACCAGCAAGGCAAAAAAGGUUUCAAACUGAGGAAGCGGCGGAUUACCAAUGAGCCCACUGGAGGCUCUGGGGGCACUGGGAACUGCCCUCACUUACUGGAAGCCAUUCCCUGUGAAGAGCCAUCCUGCUAUGAAUGGAAAGCAGUGAGGCUCGGAGACUGUGAACCAGACAAUGGAAAGGAGUGUGGCCCAGGCACUCAGGUUCAGGAGGUUGUGUGCAUCAACAGUGACGGAGAAGAAGUUGACAGACAGCUGUGUAGAGAUGCCAUCUUCCCCAUCCCUGUGGCCUGUUAUGCCCCAUGCCCAAAGGACUGUGUGCUCAGCAUGUGGUCUGCGUGGUCCUCCUGCUCACACACCUGCUCGGGGAAAACCACAGAAGGGAAACAGAUACGAGCACGAUCUAUUCUGGCCUAUGCCGGUGAUGAAGGUGGAGUUCACUGUCCAAAUAGCAGUGCUCUGCAAGAGGUACGCAGCUGUAAUGAGCAUCCCUGUACUGUGUACCACUGGCAGACUGGCCCCUGGGGCCAGUGCAUCGAGGACACUUCCGUAUCGUCCUUCAACACAACUACAACUUGGAAUGGGGAGGCGUCUUGCUCCGUGGGCAUGCAGACAAGAAAAGUCAUCUGUGUGCGGGUCAAUGUGGGCCAAGUGGGACCGAAAAAGUGUCCUGAAAGCCUUCGACCUGAAACGGUGAGACCCUGUCUGCUUCCUUGUAGGAAGGACUGUAUUGUGACACCAUAUAGUGACUGGACAUCGUGCCCCUCCUCAUGUAAAGAAGGGGACUCCGGAGUCAAGAAGCAGGCUAGGCACCGGGUCAUCAUUCAGCUGCCAGCCAAUGGAGGCAGGGACUGCACGGACCCGCUCUACGAAGAGAGAGCCUGUGAGGCCCCUCAAGUGUGCCAGAGCUACAGGUGGAAGACUCACAAAUGGCGCAGGUGCCAGUUAGUCCCUUGGAGUGUGCAACAGGACAGCCCUGGAGCCCAGGAGGGCUGUGGGCCCGGACGACAGGCAAGAGCUAUUACUUGUCGAAAGCAAGAUGGAGGACAGGCUGGCAUCCAUGAAUGCCUCUGGUAUGCGGGACCCGUGCCAGCUCUCACCCAAGCCUGCCAGAUCCCCUGCCAAGAUGACUGUCAGUUUACCAGCUGGUCCAAGUUUUCCUCAUGCAAUGGAGACUGCGGUGCAGUUAGGACCAGAAAGCGUGCUAUUGUUGGAAAAAGUAAAAAGAAGGAAAAAUGUAAAAAUUCUCAUUUGUACCCCCUGAUUGAGACUCAGUAUUGUCCUUGUGACAAGUAUAAUGCACAGCCUGUGGGGAACUGGUCAGACUGCAUUUUACCAGAGGGGAAAGUGGAAGUGUUGCUGGGAAUGAAAGCACAAGGAGAUAUCAAGGAAUGUGGUCAAGGAUAUCGUUACCAAGCAAUGGCAUGCUACGACCAAAAUGGCAGGCUCGUGGAAACGUCCAGAUGUAACAGUCAUGGUUACAUCGAAGAGGCUUGCAUCAUCCCUUGUCCCUCUGACUGCAAGCUUAGUGAGUGGUCCAACUGGUCACGGUGCAGCAAGUCCUGUGGGAGCGGUGUGAAGGUUCGGUCUAAAUGGUUGCGUGAAAAACCAUAUAAUGGAGGGAGGCCUUGCCCUAAAUUGGACCAUGUCAACCAGGCACAGGUGUAUGAGGUCGUUCCUUGCCACAGUCAGUGCAACCAGUACGUAUGGGUCACAGAGCCAUGGAGCAUCUGCAAAGUGACCUUUGUCAACAUGCGAGAUAACUGUGGAGAGGGUGUGCAAACCCGAAAAGUGAGAUGCAUGCAGAAUACAGCGGAUGGCCCUUCUGACCAUGUAGAAGAUUACCUCUGUGAUCCAGAAGAGAUGCCCCUGGGCUCCAGAGAGUGCAAAUUACCGUGUCCUGAGGAUUGUGUGAUAUCUGAAUGGGGUCCUUGGACCCGAUGCACUUUGCCUUGCAAUCAAAGCAGUUUCCGGCAAAGGUCAGCUGAUCCCAUCAGACAACCUGCUGAUGAAGGAAGAGCCUGCCCUAAUGCCGUUGAAAAGGAACCUUGUAACCUAAACAAAAACUGCUUCCACUAUGAUUAUAAUGUAACAGACUGGAGCACGUGUCAGCUCAGUGAGAAGGCAGUUUGUGGAAAUGGCAUUAAAACAAGGAUGUUGGAUUGUGUUCGAAGUGAUGGCAAGUCGGUUGACCUGAAAUAUUGUGAAGAGCUUGGCCUGGAGAAGAACUGGCAGAUGAACACAUCCUGCAUGGUGGAAUGUCCUAUAAACUGUCAGCUUUCUGACUGGUCUCCUUGGUCAGAAUGCUCUCAAACAUGUGGCCUCACAGGAAAAAUGAUCCGAAGACGAACAGUGACUCAGCCCUUUCAGGGUGAUGGACGACCAUGCCCUGCCCUGAUGGAACAGUCUAAGCCUUGCCCAGUGAAGCCCUGUUAUCAAUGGCAAUAUGGCCAGUGGUCUCUAUGCCAAGUACAGGAUGCCCAGUGUGGUGAAGGGACCAGAACGAGGAACAUUUCUUGUGUAGUGAGUGAUGGGUCAGGUGAUGAUUUCGGCAAAGUGGUGGAUGAAGAAUUCUGUACUGACAUUGAACCCAUUAUAGAGGGUAAUAAAAAAAUGGUUCUCGAGGAGACCUGCACCCAGCCUUGCCCAGGUGACUGUUAUCUGAAGGACUGGUCUUCGUGGAGCCUGUGUCAGAUAACCUGCGUGAAUGGUGAGGACCUAGGCUUUGGUGGAAUACAGGUCCGUUCCAGAGCUGUGAUCAUACAGGAACUAGAAAAUCAACAUCUAUGCCCAGAGCAAAUGUUAGAAACAAAAUCAUGUGAUGAUGGACAGUGUUAUGAAUACAAAUGGAUGGCCAGUGCUUGGAAAGGUUCUUCCCGAACAGUCUGGUGUCAAAGGUCAGAUGGUAUAAACGUAACAGGGGGCUGCUUGGUGGUGCGCCAGCCUGAUGCUGACAGGUCUUGUAACCCACCGUGUAGUCAACCCCACUCUUACUGUAGUGAGAUGAGGACAUGCAGUUGUGAAGAAGGAUACACUGAAGUCAUGUCUUCUAAUGGUACACUUGAGCAAUGCACACUUAUCCCCGUGGUGGUGAUACCCACUGUGGAGGACAAAAGAGGAGAUGUGAAAACGAGUCGCGCAGUACAUCCAACCCCAUCCUCCAAUAACCCAACAGGACGGGGAAGGACCUGGUUUCUACAGCCAUUUGGGCCAGAUGGGAGACUAAAGACCUGGGUUUACGGUGUAGCAGCUGGGGCAUUUGUGUUACUCAUCUUUAUUGUCUCCAUGAUUUAUCUAGCUUGCAAAAAGCCAAAGAAACCCCAAAGAAGGCAAAACAACCGACUGAAACCUUUAACCUUAGCCUAUGAUGGAGACGCAGACAUGUAAAAUAUAACUUACCCUGGCAACAACCAGUUUCAGAUUUCUGACUUUGCAGUAGACAUCCAGAAGCCACAAAGCUCUUCAUACUGUGUGAAUUAAAAUGCAAUGUAACUUUUUAAAAGAGCAUCAAAGAAAGGAGUGAAAAUCACAGUGCCAUUGGAGAUAUUAAGACAGUACCACUUACAAAAAAACAAAAAAACAAAAACAAAAAAAAAAACAGCCCUGAGAAUUCUAGGAGUUUUAGUUGAAUACAUGCUGCAUUCUAAGUUUUCUGUGAUCUUUUCUGAAAUCUACCAACUGACAAUUCACAUUCAUCUCUAAAAUAUGGUUGUGGAAUUGUUCAGUUAGGAUGCCUGAUCCAAGCCUCUGUCGGCAGUGUUAACCCGUAACAACAUUUUAGCAUGAAGAGUUUAUACCAAGAUCUCUAUAAUACUAUAGUGAAGCAUAACAACAUGUAUACGUAAUUGAAUGAUACACAUUACUACGUCAGACUAUGUACUUGUUAAUAAGCAAUUUUAAUGGUGAAUAAAAGAUAAGCGAAUAAAAGGAGCAGAAAACCCAUUGAGUAAAUUCAGCAUCUUGGUCGUUGAUGAUAGCUUUCAUUAACCUGCAUUUCAGAGGCAAAGACUUUCUUCUAAGAAUUAGUUCGUGUCUUUCUCCAAAAUACGAAUGCUGGACAUGUACUAGGAUCUUAGAGAAAAAAAAAAAGUCCUCAAGUUCAGUAUUUUAUAGUGGUUAUUGUCUGGAAAACUUAUUUGCUUGUGUUAAUAUAUUUCUACUUUCCCUAAUUUUCAAACUGGUUGCCUGCAUCUCUUUUGCUAUAUGGAAGGCACAUUUUUGCACUAUAUUAGUGCAGCAUGAUAGGCACUUAACCAGUAUUGCCAUAGAAACUGCCUCUUUUCAUAUGGGAUGAAGACAUAUGUGCUCAGAGUGUCAUGGAGACAUUUGCAAGUUCUUGUAUUCUAAAGAGUACAAAGUUCAGUUUGGAAGGCAACAGGAUGGAAUUCGCUAUUACAUCUGCUGUAUACACUCUUCCUCAUUGCUGCAGCCAUUGCGAAAUCAACCACAUGGCAGGGAUUUAAAUGUUCAAAUCCCGAACUCAUUAACCUUUCAAAAGAUGGAUCUCUCUAGUUGGUUUUUAAUUGUACUUUGAAGGCUGUUUAUGACUAGAUUUUUAUAUUUGUUAUCUUUGUUAAAAAAAGAAAAGAAAAGAAAAAAAGGAGCUGGUUGUCUUUUUAAUUUUGAGCAGAUGGAGAAAAUAAGGUCUUGAUAAUUUUUGUAACUAAAAGGAAUCAAAAUUGUGUGUUGACUCUUCUUUUUCCUGAUUCACAUUCUUCGUUUCAUGUCAAAUGUAUCCAUGGUUGUGUCUUUCUUACUACUGAAAUUUGAAGGAGUCUUUGUAUGAUUUCAAAAGCUAAAAUUUUCAAGAGAGAAUAAGUGUUUUGCCCAGGGUUUUGUUAAAUAUCUAGACCAAGGGUCGCAAACUUUUUCUGUCAAGGCCCAGAUAGUAGAAAUUUUCAGCCAGGUCUUUGUCACAGCUUCUCAAUUCUGUCAUCAGAAGAAUGCAGGUGUAGACAAUACACAGUACAUAGAAGAAUAAACACGGCAGUUUCCCAGUAAACCUCCCAUUAUAAAGACAGUCAUCAGGUCACAUUCAUUUGCAGGUUGUGGUUUGCUGACCACUGGUCUAGAAGUUUUUUCAGUGCUUACCUCUUAAUUGUGUCAUCUUUUGUUUUCAUUCGUUUACCUUAGAAUAUGAGAACUGUUUAAUUUCAAAAGUGAAAAGGAGUCAUUCAACUUUUUCACUGUUUUGCAAGUAGUUGUAUUUAUUUUUCACAGAUGUAGCCCUGGGAAGGGCACAGUGAAGUACUAUCUGAUUUGGUAGACUUCUUGUGUGUGAAAAGAAAAUUCAAAAGGUGCCAUUAAAAAGCAAUUCCAUUUUUCAGGCAACAUUUACUGCAACAACAUUUGGUAGGGGGGAGGACAUUAGGUUUUCAGGUCUUUUAAAAAUAGUAUAAUAAGCUAUUUUAUCUUAAACAUAGCUGUGUUGCUAUAAAAGUGGUUUAGACUAGGUGUUUUACAUUCAUAGUAGUUUGAGCUCCCCCUGCUGUUCAUUGCAUUAUUUGCAAAGAUUACAAAAAACAUCAGAUUAUCAAAUGUUGUUGUCUCAAAAAUUAACAAAUUUCUACCUAUUUCACUAAGAAUUAAAUGUAGAAAGCACUAAUUCCUUAUUAAACAUUCACUGUAUUAGGCAAAGCAAAUCAUUUAAAAGCAAAUAGGUGGUCACAAAGAUGAAAAUUUUACUUUAAAUCAAAGAUUUAAACAAAAAAAACUCAAAAACAAAUUCCAUUGCAUCUGUCUUACUGAAGAGAAGGAAUAAAAAUCAUAUGAUUGUUCUAAAACUGUGAUCGUCAGUGUAUGCACUCAGGGGUCUUCCAGAUAAUCCUCAAGUUGAUCUCUUUGAAUAAAAUGAACUCCAUUUGUACAAAAUGGUUGAGAAAUAAUCUGCAGUUACUUGAAGAAUUUAGCUAACAGCCUUAUUAAACGCGUGCAGCACCUACUAACUUUGAAGUUACUGAAUAGAAUAAAAUAGCAUUGCACAAAAACUAUACUUCUGAUACUGUAAAAGGUCACUAAUUCAGAAGGCAGAUCAGUAUCGUGUAACCCAUAUAUUAAGAAUUAAUGAACUGAUCAAAAUUAAUCAAUUUUAUGAAAAUACAUUAUUUUAUUCAUAAACUAGUUACAUUUUACAACACUAUAUAUAUGAAGGAGACUGGGUUCAAUGUGACCUAACACUAGGGAACGUAUUGGAAGUUCACUGUUAGGAUAAAUGCUGGGUGGCCUCUUGUUACAAAGAUGGAAGGCAGGACAUGUAGCCAGCUGGCUAUUUUGGACAAAUGAAGGUUACUAUAUUCAUGUUUACAACAUGAAAAUAGCCUUAGUUUUGUUCCUGGCAUGAGGCAAUAAUGAGUGAAGUACGUUACUGGAAUGUCAUAAAUAUUUUAUUCCUCCUGUUCAAUUCUAGCAGUUCAGGAGGGGGAUAUACUAGUAACUGGUCCGUUGACACUUUUGCCUUACCAAAACGACCUGUGAGCCCACAAAAGAUUUAGAACUACUGCUCUAUAAACAUGAAGGUCUGUUUGGUUUAAAAAAAAAAAAAAGAAAAAAAGAAUGACACAGUAUUAUACUAUUUUGUUGGAUUGUUUCAAUAGAAACCACACAAAAUGGGCACAACUGAUCUCUCUUUAGAGGGUGAUUUGCUUCUUUAUCACUAUCUAAUCUAGGAUAUGGACCAUAAUUCUUAUUUGAAAGCCUUUUGAAGACACUAUAGUGUAGCUUCAAGCUAAUUUAGAAAGGAGUGCAUAAAAGCAUGUUCUUAAUUAUAACAAAGCACAAAUCACUUAUGACAAAACAAAUACUUCUUGAAUUAUCACAUGUAAGAUACUCUGCUAGACACUGUAAAACAAUUAGUCAUGACUUUUGUAUGGAAGACAUUCAAAAAAAAGGAAUUAUGUUUAAUGAGUGAAGAAGUUACUUAAAUCACCCUUUACUCGAUUUGUCUCUAGUGUGAGAUUUUUACCUUGUGUAAUGUCCAUGUCUCAGGCCAUGCUGUUAGGCUUUUCCUGUAACCCUCCUUUGCCCUCAGGUGGCAAUGCUCAUUGUGGCUUAAUCAGAACACUGUUAAGUUCCUGGACAUUCCAAGAUAAAGCCACAUAUGCAGAACUUCUUACAGGAAGUAACAUCUCUCAGUAACCUCCUCUAAAUCUCUGUACCCAUUGCUCCUUUAUGAUCAUUUUCUCUGGUGUCUCUCUGCUCUCUUAACAACAAUGUUGUCUACUUUUCUCAGAACCUCCAUCUACCAAUACAUGCUCAAAGUGUUAAGUAAGGGGGGUAAAGAUGAAGCUAUUUCUUACCUAUUACAGUCCAAGUGUCACUUAGAGUGUGAACAUCUUGAUUCAAACAAAAUGUAAGAUGUAGAAGACAUACCCCCCUCAAAAAAAAAAAAAAGACUUUCUGUAAAAAUGUCAAUUUCUAUCCUCUAUUAAGUAUGACCCAGUUAUCUCUUCCUCCUUCUCACCUCUGUGCUCAUGUCCCACCCUGUUAAGAGAGGAAGGCAGGCCUGUACCUUACAGAAAGGAGAGCCCCUUCUUGGGCUUAGUGGGAGUUUGAAUAGAUUUCUAAGAAUCAUGCUUCCAAAAUCAUCUGAGAUGUAUGUGUAAAAGUGUUGCCAAAUUCAAACGUGUUUCUUGUUCUAUUUCCCACCAAGUCCAAAGGUGUUGAAAGGGAGAGCCGUACGGGAAAGAAUUUGUGAAGAAUCUUGUCAGCAAGUGAGCUUUCUUAGGUCUAGUUUACAUGUGAGAAUACAACAUCUGCCUGUCCCACCUGGUCCCAUCUUCAGGUAGCCAUGACUACAGAAGAGGAUUUCAGCCCCUUAAACUGGAGUGUGGGCCUAGCAAGCAUGACUGUUCAUAAAAAGGAUGUUUUGCAGUGUGAUGAUGGUAAUUCUCUGUCUAGCAGGGACACUGAAAAUGGUUAUGUCUACUUUAUUGAGUAAAACAUGCUAAGUGGAUAGAGUUAACGUUGUAGUUUUAUGUUUUCAUGCUUCUACCCAGCCAGAUCUGAAAACGAGCAGUAUACAAAAACUUUUAGUUUGUGGCAGUCAUGUUUUCAGCAGUCAAAAUCUCUAGUCUAUUUAGAAUGUAAAACUGUCAGUCUUGUGUUUCGUAGACUUUUUUUCCUUAAAAGCAAUAGUUUCUAGAGCAUCUACUUUGAAACUUCAAUGAAAUUUUCACAACUAUUUUUCAGCAAUCUAUGUGUGUUUGUUUUUAAAAAGUAAACAUUAAGAUCCCCUCUCUGGUACUUUUUCCUGCCUAUUUGUAGCACAGAGAUUUGAAGAGAUCAGUAUCUGUCAUUGUAAAAUAUAACUUUAUUAAAUUUGCAAUAUGUCUUUAUAUAAAUUAUAAUCCCCUAAGUGUUUUUUGUUAAUUUAAUUACCUGAAUAUUUAUUUUGUUUAAAUAAGGAGGCAGCUGUCUAAGAAGUUUUUGUUAAUAUUACUUUGUAAAUUGUGUAAUGUAAUUUAUUUUAAAUUAUGUACAUUUCUUUUUUAAUGCACAAGAUGUCUAUGUACAAUUACAGAUUUGAAAAUAAUGUCACUAGCUUUAUUCAGUUAAUACAGAUGGCAUGUGAAGAUGUAAUAUGCUUUUUUACAUUUUCAUAUGGGUUAUUUGUAAAUACGUUGCUGACAAACAUAAACAUGGAAAUCAUUUUCAUUCUA